AUUUGUAUAUAAAUAAAUGUAUUUAUUGAUGAGUUUUUUACACCGGAAAUUUUUUCAAUUUGAACCACCACAAAUCAAAUGCAUGCAGUAAUAAACAUACGCCGCCGUGUUCUCCCUCUGGUCGCCGCCGUCAGACUCCUCUCAGUCUCCACCCAACCAAACUUCACAAUCCCCAUCCCUUCCCUUCUGAAACGAACCCCUCCAGAGCAACCACCGCCGCCGCCUCAAAACCCUAGUUCCGCCGCCGCCGCCGCCGCCUCCGACUUCACUCGCAUUUCCGAAGUGCUGUCAAACCCCGCCAUCCAACCCGGUCCGGAUCUCGAACGUGCCCUAACCGCCGCGGAGGUCGAUCCGAGCUCGAAUCUCUUACUCGAAGUAUUCAAUCGGUUCGUUUCCGCCCCGAAACCCUUGUUCACGCUGUUCAAUUGGGCCCGCAACCGGCCCGAUUAUCAAUUCUCCAUUGCGGUUUUCAAUGCCGCCGUCAAUGCUCUCGGCAAGGCCCGAGAAUUUGACUCAGCCUGGUGUCUGAUUCUCGACCAGGUUAAUGCAGACCCGACCCGGCGACCCGAUUCCGAUACUUUCCUCAUCAUGAUCAGAAGAUACACACGCGCAGGUUUUCCCCUGGCAGCCAUUAGAACAUUCGAAUACGCAACCAGUUUAAAUUUCUUCCAUAGUGAUCCAGACACAGAAAACAAUCUGUUCGACAAACUUCUAGACUCCUUAUGCAAGGAAGGACACGUUAGCACAGCCUCACAGUACUGUGAAAAUCGCAAGACAAAAGAUCCAAGCUGGGCCCCACCUAUUCGCGUUUACAAUAUUCUACUCAACGGAUAUCUCCGAUCUCGAAAACUCAAACACGCAAUGCGCUUAUGGGAGAGCAUGAAGAAAGAGAAAGUCAAGGCAAACGUUGUCACGUACGGGACCCUCAUAGAAGGAUUGUGCAGGCUCCGCCUUGCUGACAUGGCGAUCGAGCUGCUCAAUCAGAUGAAAACCGAAGGCGUAAAACCAAACGCAAUUGUCUACAAUCCGAUAAUCGAUGCUUUAGGUGAAGCCGGCAGGUUUAAAGAGGCAAUAGGAAUGCUUGAACGGUUCUCGAUUCUUGAAACUGGGCCUACUUUAUCUACUUAUAACUCGUUGGUAAAGGGUUUCUGCAAAGCAGGGGAUAUUGUAGAGGCUAGCAAGAUUGUUAGAACUAUGAUAGAUGAUAAGUGUUUGCCUACGACUACAACUUAUAGCUAUUUCUUUAAGCACUUUUCGAAAACGGGUAAUAUCGACGCGGGUUUGACCCUCUACAAGAAAUUGAUCCAGGUAGGGUACGACCCGGACGGACUUACGUACCAUCUGCUGUUGAAAAUGUUAUCAAAGGAAGGGAACGUGGAAUUUACUUUGAAGAUUGUUAAUGAUAUGAGGGAGAAGGGAUUUGAUUUGGAUUUGGCUUCGAGUACGAUGUUAAUCAACUUGUUGUGGAGACAACAUAGGUACGAUGAGGCUGCGUUCGAAUUUGAGGACAUGUUACGUAAAGGCAUUGUUCCUCAGCACAUAACGUACACGAGGCUGAGUGAGGAGAUGGAGAAAAACGGGAGGGGUGAGUUAGCACGAAAGCUCCAUGAUUUGAUGAAACCGGUUACUCGUUCGACAAAGAUGCCUGAUACUUGUAAGGAAUCAAGAAGUGAUGUAAUGGAGAGAGCUGAAUUGAUGUCGGAUGUUUUGAAGACGUGUAAUGAUCCGAGGGAGCUUGUGAAGCAGAGGUACCAACCGGAGAAUGAUGUCAUUAGUGCGCAGAAAUUGACGGAAAAUAUUCGGAGGAAAGCUGAGUUGAGAGAAGCAAUUAGAGGAUGAGUGGAAUUGGAUUAUCAAACUCGUGCAGUACUUCUUCUCCAGAGCAACGGUAAGAACAACAAGGCAAGUGUUGGUGGUGUUAAUGUUAAUGCCGGUGGAGAUUCUGAAGUGAAGCCCACCACUUUUC